CACGAAAAGACGGCCGAUAGAGGUCCGUAAUGGGCACCCAGUAUGUUUGUAAACUGGGUUUUUCUAUAAUUUUGUGAAAAUACCGAAAUCUCCUGUAAAAAUAGUUCGAAAGAGUCGUUUUUCCGUUCCGUGCGCUUAAUUUCAGUCCAUAACAUAAUAUUUUUUUAAUGUGACUUGUGUACAUUUCAAUUUUUUUGAUUGACAAUAGGGGUUAGGUUACCCUUGCGGCCUUAUUGAAACCGUAAGAUAUGAGUGUGCUCACCCGAAUCAAGUCUCCAACAUGUGAAAAGCAUGGUUUUACAUGUCUCCUAUAAUAAAGAAGAGAUUGUUCAUUCUCAAAUGGUCCAUCAACUGUAUGAAACGAAAAUGUGGCAAGCUGAAUGUUUAUAUUGAGUUUUCACAAAGAUGCAAAGCCUGGAGGGAGCAUGUGAGGAGGGUGAACAUACAAUAAAGAAAAUUAAGACUAGUCGCUCCUCCUUGCCUCUGCUUCACCACCAGGAAACAUCAGAAGUUUUAGACACCACACCACAGACUUUCUGUAUAUUCACAAAAAUCUUCGAAUUACACAGGGAAGAAUGUGCUAAAGAUCACAACAGUGGGAAUAAACCAGGUUUACGAAGAAAUUCACACAUUUUAGAAAAACUUGUAGCGAGAGAAAGACUGAACACGUUGAUUCUAAACUUGUAUCCUGGAAAUAAAGGUUACUCCCUGGCUUUCAGAACCACUUCGAGAACUAACCAAAUUAUGGAUGAUACUGCCAACAUGAUUGAAACUAAACAGUGGCCUUAUGACGAGGACGAACUUCUUAGAUACAUAAAUAAUGAAGAACUUCCCCCUUACCUCACUGACCUGAUAGAAACGCAUUACAGUUUUCUUUUUUACAACGGUUGUGUUAUAGCAGAAGUCAGGGAUUACCGACAGUCUUAUCCUGAAACCACUUGUGAUAUCCACCACGUCUUACUCAGGCCUACACUCAAGAGUCUUCUUGCUGACAUCAACAACCUCGUGGACGACAAGGUGGACCUGGGAAACGAGGAGAGACAGCAGUUAGAAAGCCAAAUAUUGCUCGCAAACAAGCCGAGCCUAUGCCUGGACCCGGACAAUUCCAUAAGUUCGAGCCAGUCUCGCAUAAAUCACAACCGCCAAAUGUGGAACACUCACAGAUUUCGACACGAGGCGCGUAAAUUCUCCCAAGUCACUGUGAACCGCAAACGAAAAUUAGACCAGUUCACGCAACGGCCCGGUCUCGAGGUGUACGAUUUCCUGACGCGAGCAAAGACGAAACCAAAGACUGGACAUUCAUUCGGUGUCGGUAAAUCAAACAGGAAGACUCAAGACGAGAUGAAGCCGAUUCCUGUUCCAAAUCUCGAUCCUCCGCCAAUCGGUCCUCCUUCCCAAGGCGUGUUCAUUAACGAGUUCAAGACUUACCAGCGUCCCAAAGAAACCAGCGACUGUUUACCUCAACUCAUCGAAGAGUACGUUUUGGAGACGAACAUGCCGUCGAAAGAGAAGGGCAAACAGAGGGUGUAUCAUAUCAAGUUAUCCAUCCUUCAAAGGCCGUCGAAUUCCGAAUAUUUAGGAGAGCUUUACUUAGAUAGGGACCACAAGAAAAACGAACGGAACGGAGUAGCUUGUAGGUUUUCGUUAGGAUCUCGGGCGAAUGCUAAUAGAUAUAUUCACCAAUUUACGGAAAUUUUCACCGAAAGCGGGCGCAAGUCGGUUAGGAUAUGGUACGGGUUGAGUCCGGGCUACAAAGAGCGGGUGGCUAUGGCACAAGCGCAAGCACAGGCUCAGAACGCUGCUCAAACGAAUUUGGCGCAACAACAUCUGACUCAGUUGAGUCAGACUUUGCAGAAUCAGUCGUGCGUCACGUCUCCGCUUGUCAAUGGGACUGUCGGUUCUAGGAUUAGUUUAGUGCAACAAAAUCAAAGUAUUCAAAAUACCUCAACUGUUCCCAUUUUGCAGAGCCACUUGCAAGGGACUACACAAAUUAAAUCAACAUCACAAGUUUCCAAUGAAGAGCUCGAAGUCAACGCUUUGGCCACGAAACUCAUGAAUAUAGAGCAACAGAUUCAUGCAGCGGUCAACGCUAAACAGCAGCAGCAGCAGCAACAACAGAAACUCGCAUCGAACCGCGGCAAUACCGCCAUCAUCAACUUACUGAACAGUUCUCCAGCUAGUAAUAUAAACAGUGAUGCGAGUGCAGCAGUAGUGAAUGCAAUAAACAAUUCGUCGUUGUUACCGCAACAAGUACAGACUAUUAACCAAAAACUCCUAGCACGUAAAAUGACUCUUUCGAACGUUGCAAACGCGCGAGUGUUGAACCACAGUAAUUUAAUAGCCGUGAAUAAUAACCGAAUGAACAUUUCUGAGUUAAAUUCGCAAUUGUCGCAACCGCAAAGUCAGACGAUUACUUUGACUUCGGUCAACAGCGGCGGGACUUAUACCAAUUAUACGACAGUUCCGAUCAAACAACAAGUCAGUGAUAAUAAUAAAUCGGCCUUGUCGGCGCUCCUUGUGGGCACACCGGCGGCCGAUCGGCCCGAUAUUGUCGGUCCGAACACAAGCUCUCUUCUCCUAGAAAAACUCGGUGGUUCACCGGGAACCAGCUCUUCGAACGCGACGCAAAAUUCAACGCAUUUCAUCCAAAGUCUCAAAUCGGGACUACAGUACAUGGUACAGUCGCCACCGAAAGCCAAUACUGUCGUGUCGCCGCUAUCAAGUCCACCGUCGCAAAAUACCAACACGAUAAAUCUAGCGCAAUUGCAGAGUUUGUCAGGGUUGCAAAAUGUGCAAGUACAGUUGUUGUCUUUGAAUGUUUCGUCGACGGGGAAUCUUCAGGGACAUCCAACGAGUUUGUUGGUCUCACUUCCGGUUAGUACAUCGACGACAUCGGCCAAUACUGUUACGCAAACGGCCAACAUGGCAAGCGGAGUUAAUUCGAUUGGGGUUGGUGGACCUACUGUUGUAUUGGCCAAUGCAGGGACUUCCAAUAUUGCCCAGUUAGUCACGUCUGGGGUGAAGGGUUUAACCCAGCAGGGUAUCCGGGCCCAGGGCCCCGCUUCGGUGUCGUUAUCUCAGGGCGGGCAAUCGUAUCAGCUAGUGACCCCUUUACAGAGGCCCAGGAUGCAGCAAAACAUCCAAAGAACACCAAUAACCCUCAAGAUGGCAACACAGAACUCAAAUGCAGCUACAAAUGCUUCAAUAACAAGUCAACUGCAAAAGCAAGCUCAAUUUCAACAGUAUCAACAGCUCUGUCUGAACCAACAGCAGAAGAAUGUGGCGGGCGUCGCGGGAAAACUUCGAAGACGAUCAAACACUUCAGAUCCACAGUAAUAUUGUAUUUUCUGUACAUUGUGUUAUCGAACUAGUCUCUCCUGUUUGUUUUUAUUUUUAUAUAUACGUUUUAACUUUUGCUGAGUACUUCACUAACAAAUAAUAAACUGCCGAGCAUUAGAGUGUCGUCUUUGUGAAUGCAUUCAAGCCGUCAGUAAAACUCAAACAUCACACUCGUUUAAUUCUUAAUUUAUAAACCUGUAGAGUUCUUCCCACUAUUUCUGUGAUCAAAGCCAGUAUUAUUAUUUAUUUCGUGGUCGAGAAAAUAAAUAGUACUGGGAAAUGGUUGUAAUGUUUGGAUUUUUCAAACGCUUGGGUGGUACUUUUGCAAACAGUAAAGAGAUAUUGUUGAUCUCAUCUGCUGCAUUACAUUGCACAAUUGUCGUUCCUACAUUUAGAAAUAAACAUGGUGCCAAAAGUGGACCUAUACCAGUUUAUUUUCAGUUUUCUCUAGGUAGGGACACGGCCUAUUGUUUUUACUGCCGUUUUAUUUAAAACAGUACAAAUCGCGAGAUUUUCUUGUAGCAGGCCGCAAUACUGUAUAAUACGGUAUAAGCAAUUUUGUGCAUUUUUGCAGUUUCGUUUAGUUGUAGUUAAUUUAAUCUACUGUACAUAUGAUAGGGAAGAUGUAUACUUUUUGUUAUUUAUUUAUGAGCGCGGAGAAUUCAUAUUAAUGAAAUAAGAUUAUCACUAAGUGCAUUAGCAAUAUUGUUGGAAGAAAUGUGAGUAGAUUCAUUUGAUGUGUACAUAUUUUUUCUUUUGUAAAUAAUUUUAGGUGUAUCCACUUUAUCAUAAUUUAUGAUUGUUUUUAAGUAGUUUUAUUUUUAUACUCAAUUAAUGGUUGUGUAAUGUUUCAUUUUCUGGUUACAUUUGUUUUAAUUCUUCUAAAAUCGGAUCAUCAACAAAAAAAUAUUUGUAGUAUUAAGAUAUCAGGCAUAAACGAGGACAAAAUGUUAUACUUUAUAAAACAUCAACGAUGUAAAAUUACACAUUGUUAAAAUAUACAAAUUUUUAUUAAAA